UCAAGAAACAUCCAUACAUUCAUUCUAUGAUAAUUGCACCUAGGUAAUACAGCUCUAUGGAAUAAGUAUAAAACCCCUGGAUUUCGACUCAAAUAUCCGAUACAAGGCUGCACUCGGCAACCCAACUCACAACUAUCGUUCUCGAAUAUCAACAUACAAUUUUCAAAUUACAACCUUUUCAAGUAAUAGUAAGUCGUUUUUAAUCACCAAGGCGAUUGUUGCCUGUAUAAAUGUAGACAAUGGCUGGCCCCCGGGCGCGUUCUCUUGACACGGUAUAGGUUAAUAACUUCGUUUGAAGGUAAUCAAGAUGUACAAAGCUUUUGUUACAGCAAUUCGACGCUUGGUUUCAAGAAUCAGCCUUGGCAGCAUUUUAUCUUUCCCCUUAGUUGGAUGGAGUAGUAGAAGAGGUGUAAUAAGCUAUCGACCCCCAAGUGUAGUGCGGGAAGCAUCAGCGGGCUUAUACAGAUCACGUCCUUCUACUCAACCGCUUAUCAUUUUCGUAUUGGGAGCGCCUGGUACAGGGAAAGGAACAGUUUCCAAAUUCCUUAAUGCGACAUUUCCUAGUCUAACUCACCUAUCAUAUGGGGAGUUGGUUCGUUACGAGGAUAAAAUCCCUGGUUCUUGGGUCAGUAGUUUCCCGCGGCGCGAGGGAACCGGAAGCCCGAAUAUCCCUGCCCAUUCCGCGGUCACACUACUCCGGAAUACGAUCGAAGACGGAGUAGUACGGAACGGGCAGUUGGCUUGGCUCGUGGACGGCUUUCCGCGUCAAGAACGCCAUGUAACGGAAUGGAUGGCGCAGAUGCCGCGGGCCCGUUGCGUACUCUACUUAACUUGUCCUCCCGAGGUCUCGCUUGCGCGGAUACUUGGACGUGCCUCGACAUCAGGGCGGCCGGAUGACAAUGAGGAGAGAGCGCGGGAGAGAAUUGCGCGAAAUAUUGCGCAGAGUGAAGCGAUGCUCGUCGCUCUUGAAGAGUCGGGCAUGCAAGUAACUAGAGUGGAUGCUAAUAGGGACUUCGAGAUUGUACGGGAGGAAGUUCUCCAGGAAGUUCGGGUAAGUUUAUGGCAUCAUCAUCGUAUUAAUGCAAAACCGAUAACAUCUUUUUAAUGCGUUUGUGAACAGAACUUUCUUCUAUGACUGGAAAAGGCACGCAUAAAGGAAUAAUAGUAUCGAGAAGUAAGUAAAAAAGGGGGGUUAUUUACUAAUGCGAUGGGUAUAAGAGGUAAUGGAGAAACCCGGAGUUCUGUCUAUGACAUGUGCAACUGAAGACGGCGAAAUGCGAUUUGGAUUUAAUAUUUUAGCCUUGACGGGAUCCGCUGGUCGGGUAAAACAAGGCGAAAAAAAUUGCAGUUAUAAUUAGAAAUAUGUGGAUAGCGAGAAUUAAACACCAUUCAUCAUCUUGGUAGUUAGGGUAGGUAGUUGAAAAAAAAAGAGACGAAGAAAAAAAAAUCUAAUAUUUUCUCUAUUAUUUGCUAG